CUCUCUUCCUUAUCCCUUCUGCAAGACAGCGUCUCCAACCACUCCCUCUUUUUCUUUCCCCUCGCGCACGCCACUCUCGCCUUCCUUAUUUCGUUCUCAGCAACCAAACGAGGAGGAUUUUCCCCGGCGCCAAAUCACCGCCGCCAGGCCACCUCCGGCCACUCCACGCGCCUCUGAGAGCACCAGAAGAUGCGCUUUGAAGUCCUCGUUCGCCUGGUACCACGAAUCGAGCCGGGGACGCCUCAAAACGCCGCCAUCGUCGCCGAUUCUUCCUCAGCACCGACGGCCAAAUCGUCGAUUCCGGCGGCUCCGGCCAUCCUCCGACGAUCUCGACCGCAUCUACAUGUUCCUGACCUCCGCUGCCGGCCAUGCUCCGGUGGUCCCCCGCUACCGGCGCCGCCUUCUCUUCGUCCGUGCCGACGAGGCGCGUCGAACGCGCUAGCGCACGCAUCCGGGGAAGUCCCGCGUCGCCCGCUCUCUUCCUCGCCAGCCGCGGUGACCACGCCGAAGGGAACGCGCGCGCGGCAUCGUUCCCGCAUCGAACACCUUCUGGGCGUGCACGCAUGGUUCGCCACGCUGUCGUCCACGUCGUCGCCUGGGCCCCACCAGUCAGCCGCUCCGGCUAGAUCCCCUUCGGUUAUGGUCCACCCGCAGCCCAGUCAGCUGCCUCGUCAGCCUCCCUGGACCCGCGCGUCAGUGAACCAGGGUUCAUCCCCCCUCGCAUCUGCUUCUUCCCGGAUAGGAUCGCGAAGUGGUGUUGUGAGAUACGACAAGUUCUCCGGAUGUUCCUCGGCAACCUUUAACAGGUAUGAAGAUCGGUACGAUGAAGAACGACGCUAGCAAGGUUACCCUUUCGGCUUGGCCUGGGCAGGGUUAUGGAUGCCACUGGUUAUCUUCAGGACUCUUAGUCCAAAUUUGUAUCUUGUCCGUACUCGGAUGUAUUUGAUCUUCUGUAUGAUUUGGAUCUUUGUAUGUAUCUAUUUGUAUCUUGACUCGUUGGAGUCGUUGUUGUAAUAUAUCUGUAUCUUGUGGGCUCUA